GCGUGCGUGUGUGCGUGUGUGCGUGCGUGCGUGCGUGUGCGUGUGUGCGCGUGUGUUCGCUAACAUCACUUGCCCCUACAGUCUGUUAAGGCUUUAUGGGGGAUCUUUAUCUGUGCGUGCGGUCGGGUGGCCGCCGAUGGGUCGGCCGCGUGGCAGUGCGCUGCCGGCACCACCGCCACUCGAAGUGUUCACCUGGCGACCCGGUGGGGGUGGGGAAGCAAGCCACCGGGCGGUGAACCCGUGCGAUGACGGGAGCCACAACUGCGACUACGCGGACCGCUCGCGCUGCGUCGCCACGGGGCCCGCAGCCUUCCGCUGCGAGUGCCUCGCAGGAUACACGGGCAACGGACGGGUGUGCACCGACGUGGACGAGUGUGCCGCGAGCCGCUGCGACUCCCACGGCGUCUGCUACAACUCCCCCGGCUCCUUCUCGUGCCGCUGCAACCCGGGCUACGAGGGCGACGGCUUCCAGUGCAGCCCCGCGCAGCACGGCGGAGGCGGCGGGAAGUCGACUUGUGAGCGGUGGCGCGACAGCCUCGUGGGCUCCGCGGGGGGCGCCGCUCUGCUCCCCCGCGGGCCCCGCCCCGUGGGCCACUACGUGCCGCAGUGCGCCGGCGACGGCGCCUUCCUGCCCGUGCAGUGCCACCACGGCACGGGCUACUGCUGGUGCGUGGACGCCGAGGGCCAGGAGCAGGCGGGCACGCGCACGCCGCCCGGCACCGAGCCGCCCUGUCUCCCGACUGCCGCCCCCCCCGUGGUGCGCCCGACGCACCGCCCGGACGUCGUGCCGCCCCCUCCCGGCACGUCGCUGAUCUUCGCGCAGGGGCAGCUGCUGAGCAGCGUGCCGCUCGACGGCACGGCGCUGCGCAAGGAGCAGGCGCGCGCCGUGCUCGUGCUGCACGGCACGAUCGUGGUGGGCGUCGCGCACGACUGCGUGGAGAACAAGGUCUACUGGACGGACAUCGCCACCCGCGCCAUCAGCCGCGCCAGCCUGCACGGCGGGGAGCCCGAGGUCAUCGUCCGCACCGAUCUGCGGAGCCCCGAGGGCCUCGCCAUCGACCACCUGGGCCGCAACGUCUUCUGGACGGACUCGGGCUCCGACCGCAUCGAGGUGGCGCGCCUCGACGGCUCCCACCGCCGCGUGCUCUUCGACACGGGGCUCGUCAACCCCCGGGCCAUCGUAGCCGACCCCAGCCGAGGGCUGCUGUACUGGACCGACUGGAAUCGCGAGUCCCCCAGGAUCGAGACGGCCAACAUGGACGGCACGGGGCGCCGGGUGCUCGUCGGAGACGACCUGGGACUGCCCAACGGACUCACCUUUGACCCCUACUCCCACCAGCUGUGCUGGGCCGAUGCCGGCACCCGUCGUCUCGAGUGCAUGCUGCGGGGCCAGGGCCCACGACACCGCUUCCUCGAGGGCCUCCAGUACCCGUUCGGCAUCGCCGCCUACGCCGACCACCUCUACUACACCGACUGGCGCCGCGACGCGGUGGUCGCGGCGUCGCAGGGGCAGCAGACGGACGAGCACACGCCCACGCAGCGCUCUCACCCCUACGGCAUCGCCACCGUCUACCCGCAGUGCCCCCCAGGUCAGAACCACUGCUCGGCAAACAAUGGCGGCUGCACGCACUUGUGCCUGGCCACGCUCGGCGGACGCACCUGCCGUUGCCCUGACAACGUCGUUGGCGUCAGCUGUCAGGAGCGCAACUAGAGGCAGCUACCGGUCAUGCCCUCUGACCCCCCCCCCACCCCUCUCCUCUCAACUCACCCCCACCCACCCCAUCAUCACUUGACCCUGACCCCUUAAUUUGACCUCAAAGCCAUGAACCUCUUUAACACACGAUCCCAUUCCGAGCCUCGCCCGCCGUUUUCGUUCAUUUUUUUGGACCGGGAUUUUUUGGUCAGAAAGUGUGGGGGGGGGGGGGGGGAACGGGCAGGAGGAGGGUGAGGAGGUUUCAAGGGACCGUCGCCACCCGUGGCGCGUCCCAACGCUCCCGGAGACCCAUGGGGAUCACCGCGGUCAAGACGAGCAUCGACGCGUCGCCCAUCUCCCGCUCUUCAGCCCAGUGGCGGAAAUUCCACCGUUCACACGGCGGCUGGCGUGUCCCUUCCCCUUGGGUGGCGCAACCGCUGUCGACUCGCUCGCACGGUGGCGCUCACUCUUAUCGACUCGAGGGAAUGACAGACUCGGGGGGGGGGGGAACGAAACGGGGAAUGACUCUGCAGAAUGACGCGGUGCGUGUGCGUGUGUGUGUGUGCGUGUGCCCGGCUAUCACCCUGAUUAUAAUCACGAUUAUUAUUAUUAUUAUAAUUGCAAAUAUUAUCGUUGUGUGUCAUGAAUAUUAUUGUAGCCAAACGGUGGGUGCUAAUCCCGUUUUGAGUUGCCCUCCAAACCGCCCCACCUCCACACCCCCCCCCCCUCUUCUUUUUCAAUUUAUAAACUCCAAGCGCGUUGGUAGAAGAGAGAUUGCAGAUAAGAUUGGGAGGUGAGAGAAAUUCAUUGGUUUGAAAUGUUAACGAACUCGCUUUCUCAGCACGUGAGUCUGAGCUGAUAUUUUAACGCACCCUAAUAUUAUAAUAUUUUUUUAAAAUCAUGAGCCCCUUUUAGUUUCGGGGAGUGGGGGGUGGGGAAAGUCGCGAGUACAAAAUCACGGCCCAUCAGUCCCUCCGUGGCCGGUAAAAUCAGUACCGUACUGCCUCGUGCAGAAGUCAACGUUGACCAUCUUCGCCGAGAAACUCAUCCACGCCAUGGGAAUGUGGAAUUGCCCACCACUGAGCCACUGCCGCCCCCCGUUACGAUCCCGGGGAAAGAAAUUUCGACUGAUUUAUUCUGCUGUUGCUGCUGCUGCUGCAGCGCGACAUCGCGUGUCCAACUCGCGUGGGCGGAUCUGUGAACGGGUCGGAUCUGUGAACGUCUUUAAUGAUUAAAAAAAAAACUAAAAUUAACGUGACAGACGCGCACAACGUGGACAAAUGCAGCGCGUGGGUGCGGGCGGUUGAUAACCGCUGAGGGCGGAUGCGCGACCGUCGAAUUCUUUACUUUUGUAUUCUCACGAGGACGGCGACGACGAUGACUACGAUGACGACGAUGGGCCUGUUAUUAUUUAUAUUGUUUAAUGUCACUGUAAGAGACUUGAACACGUGUCUAGGAUGACCACAUUCAUGGGGGGUGGGGGGGGGUUGUUUCUCCACUCGACACAGUAGAUAGGGGAGGUGCGUAACCGCCCUUGCAAAUGGCUCACGACCUCGCCCCUUGCUGGUCCUAAAUGGGGCCUCCACUCGAAAAGAGUUGAAGAGACCCCCCCCCCCAAACUACCCCCCCAAACUACUCCCCCAAACUACCCCCACCCCAGUGCCGGAUUAAGCUAAUACGAGGCCUGUAGCGUAUGUUAUAAAGGGGUCCUAAAUUUUUUUUUUAAACACUUAAAUAUUAAAACACAAAUUUUUUACCUGCACAGUUAGUUAUUGUAACUUUUCAUUUGCUAUACAGCCAUGUAACACGACAAAUCGAUAACCUUAAACACCCAGUCGUUCGUAAAAGUCGAAGGCGGUAUAGUACUAUAGUAAUAGAGCAAGUGCAGAAUCGCUGAACCGGAAUUGAUAGCUUGAAAGCAUUUAGCGCAGGGCCCUUGAAAGUGUGGGGCCCGUAGCUACUACAUAUGUAGUAGCUACUACAUACUGUAUGUAGUAGUAGCUACUACACAUGUAGUAGCUACUACUACAUAUGAAGUAGCUACUUCAUAUAUAGUAGCUACUUGUGCUACGAGGAUAAUCCGGCACUGCACUCCCCCACACCAACCCUCCACCUUCCUCUCUGGAGGGAGGGUAACUUGGUCUAACUCUCCCACGCUGGCUGGACACAUUGGGGAAUGCGUGGGGGGUUACCCACACUUUUUCCCACCACCACCACACGCAAAACUGUCAAUCGUCGAUCGACUGUGGUGUUGCCGCAGAUAAGUGUCGGGUGGACAGACACAGCGGGGGGGAUGGUGGUGGAUUUAAUAAAAUCGAUCGCCCUUUAAACUGCCGCGCCGGGAAAUCGAACCUCCUUCGUGUGGUGUCGCGAGUGCGGCGUGAUGACGUUGUUCUACGGUCAGCGGUGGCGUGUCUUUACAAAGCUAUUGAGCUGAAUUAAUUCGGGUGCUAUUUGAGAGACUCUAUGAAAAUGAUACUUCGUUCGAUAGAUCGUAGCGGUGUAGCGAAAGAGUAUUGCUAGGAUAUUUAGUAAUAAGCACAUCUCGACCAUAACUCACACGUGAAGACAAUGUGGCGAAUCGUCUGUGGUCAAAAUGUGAUGGAUUCAGCAACACGAUGGAGGGGAACAGCUCCCAUCGUUAAGGGUUGCCACCCUGUCCCGGUCUGACCCACCACAGUCCGGGAAUCAGCAUACUGUGUCUGUGUUCGGGUGGCAACAGGAAUUGUUUUGUACCGAGAUCUGCUCACGCCGUUGUGUUCAAACUGCGUCUUACUGCACGCUUUUUGGUAAUUCGCCGCUCGUGCUGACUGAGACGUAGAUUGCCGGGGUUCGGUCUACAGUGGCUAAGGUGGCAUCUCUACCAUGCACAACACCUACUCACUCACUCACCCACUCACUCAACCACCCACUCACCCACCCACUCACUCACCUACUCACUCACCCACCCACUCACUCACUCACCCACCCACUCACUCACCCUGGGUGAGUGAGUGGGUGGGUGGGUGAGUGAGUGAGUUAGUGGGUGAGUCACCCACUCACUCACUCACUCACCCACUCACACAUCCACUCACUCACCCACCCACUCACACACCCACCAAUUGAUAAAUUGUAUUAAUUUUGGCGUGCCGCUCGGUUGCCACCUGUCCGGGUCAAAGCCGGAUAGGUGAACACAGUCAGGGCCAUCCAUGGGGUUGGGUGGGGGGGAGGUAUGGGACCCGGGGCAAAUCAAACUGCGUGGGCCCCCCGACCCCAAUGUGCGGGGCCCGGGGCAGUCGCCCCGAUUCGCCGUGACCCUCGGGCCGGUUCUGACUGCACGAAUUGAUUUGUAACCGAGAUCAGUGUUGCCGAGUUCAACCUUCUCACAGUCGACCGCGCAGUGUUGAUAACAAUAAUGUAACCCAAGUACUGACUGGGAAAUGAGGUCCGGGUUUGGUCUGCAGUGGACAAAAAUGGGUGGCACCCUUACCCAUCUUGCCUUGCAUGCAUGUCAUGUGUCAUGUGACCCCGCCACACACAUUGCAUGUACAUUGCUGUCAGCUUGCCGAGAGACCAGCAGCUCGCGCGAGAGAGAGAGACGAGACAGAGCUGCGUGAACUCACUGGUCGUGUUAUUGCUGCACCAAACCAACGUCAAAACGAACCGAAAACACGUGACCGUCCCAAGUUCGUGCAUUGAAUCGUCAAAUUGGUCGGCUGAUCUUGACUCAACGGUGCUGUCAAGUGAAGUACUACAAAGUAAGGACCGUGUUUUCUCUAUUCACACGUAUACGGUAUGUAACAAUGAGUGACAUUUAUGUGGUUUUCCCCUUUGCGUUAUGGUGUGUUCUAUCGUAUCAAAGUGCCAUUUAAAAAAAAAUUAAAGAUAUGAAAUACGUGC